AGUGUAAUUGACGGCGCAUUCAUUGUCGCACGCCAUUGAUUAUGUAAUAAAUUGAACGAAAAAUGUCAGAAGAUAAAGCAAAAACGUUGCAAUUUAUAAGAGAUUAUAAAAACCACCAAGUGUUAUGGGAUUCAAGACAUAAGGACUAUAAUAAUAAAAAGAAACGAAUCGUUGCAUUAACGGACCUGGGUAUAAAAUAUAAUAUGAAUUUAAGAUUUAUAAAAAACAAAAUAAAAAGUUUGAGAUCUUACUUUUCAAAAGAAUAUCAAAAAGUGGCAAGAAAAACUGAAGGAGAAAGAUAUCGUUCUUCUUGGUUUGCCUAUAAACAUCUUUUAUUUUUACUCAAUGCUUCACCAAAGAAGCUGAGAAUUGACGAACAAGUUGAAAAUAGCGACGAAUCUUGCGAUGAUGACGGUGAGAGCCAGGAGAAGACAGCAGUGGCCGCUUGCAGUGCAAAGAAGUAUUCUGGUGGGAAGGCAUUCAAUUAGUGCCACCACGUCAGCCCCUCGGCUUGCUUGGGAAGCUUUAUACAAGCAACAACAAAUUCAACCCAAGUGCUCGUCCCGGUUCGCCCGCUCCUGGAAUUCUUCAACCAGCGCAGGUCUCCGGUACCUGUUCUACUGGAACGUGUCCCUCGCCAGAGCGUCGUGAAUUGAAGCAAACAAAAAAUGUUCCAGUAAACGAGGGUAGCCCAAAGAACAAGGUAAGUAUAGUGAAAACGUCGUCUAAGAUUGGAAGUUCUAUUUUUAAAAUAAGGCAUAAUUAAUAUGUUUCUCGGCAUUGGGCAUAGAGUUUACGGUACGUUAUAAUGUGCUUAGUACACAGAUAUUAAAAUUUAAAAUUACUGUGGCUUUAUAGGUAGACUUUAGACUUUAUAAGUAGACUGCGUAGGUACUUUGGCGUACCUUAAGCAAUGGAUAGUGUAGUAUAUCUGCGCUAGUACCUAUUUCUUAUUAGUUUGUGAGUAUAUCAUAGAAUUUACCACAUACAUAAUAUUUAGAUUAGCGUUGGAAUUUACCGUAAAACCAUAGACAAAAAACGCACUCUAAAUAUUGUUUCUAUUCUCUAUUUGUUGCAUCGUUGUUUACAAAUUUCAUUACAACAAUAUGUAUGAGAACAAAAUUAGUUUCUUAAGGUUAGCUUUAUUUAUCAAUCAAUGUUUUCUAAAACUACACCAUAGUUGUACCUUUAGAGUAUACAUAAGUUAGCUUGCUUAUCUAUACUCUAAAGUUAUACCAUUACCUGUUAGAAAGUAGAACGUAUUACUAGUAAUUAAUAUAAUACACCUGUGAUAAGUGUAUACUUAAUGUUGGUAGUGGUAGGUAUAGGUUAUAUUAUAAUAAUAGAUCGAUGUAUUUUAGAUAAUUUUAGACUUAGACGUAGAUUAGUUAUUAGAAAUAUUUAUUAUAAGUAGCCGGAAAAAUGGGUGAACAUAAUAAUAGUCAACUUGGAACUAGGAGUUAAUAACAUCUGAUGAUAUUUACUCCGUUACCGUUGUUGCAACCUAUUAUUAAAAAUAAUGAAUAAAUUCUCACAGAUUAUAAUGACUAAAUUCACGUAAGUACCUAAAUUGUAGUGGUAGCUCAAAGGCUAAAAGGUAUCUAAUGCUUGAGAUAAGAUUUACAAUACGCCAGCAACCUGAGUUCGAUCCUCGCCAGUACAAAUGAAAUUGUUGGUUGCAAUUUUAAGUGUCAUUUUACAACAGGCUUGGCGGUGAAGGAAAUCAGUAAAAAAACGUGUAUAAAUGAACAAUAAAAUAUGAAAAGGACAUAUUAUGAAGACAUCCAAGAUGUUCUGUUCCAUGUGUGCAGACAGUAGGACGUAUUUAGCCUGAAACUUAUAUUACUACACAAGUACCUAAAGCGUCAGUGGAAAAAACCUUAGUGCUAUUCAUUCAUUACAGUCUAUCAAAGUUCACUGCUGAACAUAGGCCUUCCUAUAGAUUGCUUCAUAUGGGAGAUAUUUGUCAUAGUUGCCAUGCUUGGCAAUCUUCUUGGCAACCGAAGUUUUUUAUUUUCUAGUUGCUAUUAGGAAGAUGCUGAUGCCCAUUAUUUGGAUGUAGGGUUUAAUAUUAUUAGUAUUUUCUAUUUUAUUUUCUUUACGUGGUAGAGCCAUGCUGCAGCUAUAUUAGUAGUAUAGUUGUAGCACGAAUGGGUCGGCUCGAUCGGGGAAGGACCAAGCUCUCACAGAAUACCACCGUAAAAUAGCAGCUUAACGCUGUUGUGUUUCGUAUGGUGAGUGUAGAAGACCGGAGACCCGUUUUACUGGAAAUGAGGCAUUCCAUCUUAGUCCUCACGGGCGACAACGCAUCUGCAUUUUGAUUUGUAAUAGAGGAUAGAUUUAGAUGUCCAUGGGCCGCAGCAACCACUUACCAUCAGGUGGACCAUAGAUUACUGUACAUAAGGUGGACUGUGUACUCGUUUGUCACCCUUAUCCUAUAAAAAAAAUAUAAAAGGCAGUUAGUACUUCUAUCGGUUUUGAUAAAAUUUUGUAAUUUGGGUAAUUUCUACAUCCAGAAAUUGACCGCUUGGUGGCAAUGUCCAAGUUUAGAUACUAUUGCCUCUAUUGUAGUGGCUUUAGCCACUUAGUUUAAAAAUAAAAACUAUAAGUAGUUUUUACGAAAAUAUUUAAAAUUAAAAUUAUUGAUUGAAAAUAAACGACGAGUAAAGCGAUUCAUAUUACUACAUAUUAAUACAUUCAUUCAGAAAAUAUUGGUCUACGGAUAAAUUAGCCUUUUCGGAGUAAUUUAAUAUUAACAAAACUGGGUUUGUGAAGUAAACUUUCAAAAAAGUUUUAUAUCCAUUCUCAAAGUUUUCUUGUCGUACGAAGCAAGGCGCGUCAGGGUGUGGAGACGGUACGGCCGCGCCAGAGCGAGACAGCGAAGGUGAUAGUGAACAGAGCUCUGACAGUUCUGACAGCAGUGACAGCGCGCGAAGUGAUGAAGACUCCGCACCGCGCCGCCGAGUGCAGAGAGUGGCGCCACCGCCGCCAUCAAGAACCAAGAGGAGCCGAGUUGUCGGUCGUCAGUGGAUAGCGUCUCUGUCAGCGCGAAGCAACCAGGACGGGCAGCGUCGCUUUGAAGAGCGCGCCGCCGCGCAGAUGCGAGCGGCUCUAGCACGCCGCCAUGCUCCUCAAGUUCGUGUGAAGCCUACACCUGGGGGAGUUUACGCGCGCUUAGAAGCAGAAUGGCGCGAAAAGUACGCACCCCGUUCCCGCAAUACAGUUUCGGCACGUGCGCGUCCGGCGGCGGCAAAGUAUAAACAAUGAACCUAGCCGAUGUUAUAUAUAUACCUUAAUGAAUACAUGCGUGUU